AUGGAGGAGCGAGGCACCGCCAGGGGCACCGGCACCGCCAGGGGCACCGGCACCGGCACCGGCAGGGGCUCGGGGCGCUGGGCGCUGCUGGCCGCGCUCUGCCUGGCGCUGCCCCUGCCCGCCCCGGCGCUGCCGCCGCCCGUCCCCAGCCCGGUCCCGGAGCUCCGCCGCUCCCGGGCGCUGCUGGACGCGGCCAGAGCCUCGCUGCUCAGCCUCAAGGAACAUGGGACACUGGGAUUUGAAUGUACCCUGGAAGAGGUUGAUCUCAAAGAUAUCACUAAGGAUCAAAUCAACACGAUAAAAGCUUGCACAUCUGAGGAGCCAAGGACUGGAAACUGUCCAGUGCUGGAAAGUUCUACUUUUGAUAAGCGUAAAUGCUUGCGGGGGAUCUAUGAAGAUCUGAAAGCCUACAGGGCAGAGCUCAGCGAUCAGAAGGUGCUGACGUCCAUUGACGAGAUGAUGAAAGCCCUGCAGCCGGGCAGCCCGGGCGCGCUGCAGCCGCCUCCCAGCGCGGCGCUGACCUCCUUCAAGGACCGCAUGAGGCUCUGCGGCGUCCUGCACGCCUUCCACAUCCGCGCCGUCACCAUCGACAGGAUGAUGAACUACCUGAGCGCCCUGUGAGCCCCCCGGGCAGCGCCCGAAGCCGCCUUGGAGCGUUGCAGGAAGAAGACAUGGCGCGGUGGGUGUCCUGCAGCUUGGCUGGGGGCUUUGUAGGAAGCGAGCAUGUCCCAUU